AUGAAGUUCUUUGGUGUUGUUUCGGCCUUCCUUGCCGCCACGGCUGUGGCCACUCCCACCACUCCCACCGAGACUAUCGAGAAGCGAGACACCACCUGGUGCGAUGCUUUUGGCUCUCUGGCCACCUCUGGAUACACCGUCUACCACAACAACUGGGGCAAGGGUGAUGCCACCUCUGGUUCCCAGUGCACCACCUUCACCUCGGUCAAGAGCAACAGCUUUGUCUGGUCCACCAGCUGGACCUGGGCUGGUGGCCCCGGCAAGGUCAAGUCCUACUCCAACGUGGCUCUCGAGAAGAUCAACAAGAAGAUCUCCGACAUCAAGUCGGUUUCCACCCGCUGGAUCUGGCGAUACACCGGAACCAAGAUGAUCGCCAACGUCUCCUACGAUCUCUGGUUCGCCCCCACCGCGUCCUCCAACAACGCCUACGAGAUCAUGAUCUGGGUCGGUGCCUACGGUGGUGCCCUCCCCAUCUCCACACCCGGCAAGGGUGUUAUUGACCGCCCUACCCUUGCUGGUAUCCCGUGGGACGUCUACAAGGGCCCCAACGGCGACGUCACUGUCAUCUCUUUCGUCGCUUCCAGCAACCAGGGCAACUUCCAGGCUGAUCUUAAGGAGUUCCUCAACUACCUGACUAGCAAGCAGGGUCUUCCCAGCAACUACGUUGCCACCAGCUUCCAGGCCGGUACCGAGCCUUUCGAGGGUACCAACGCUGUCCUCAAGACCUCUGCUUACACCAUCUCCGUCAACUAA